AUGCCGCACACCGCACCAUCCGGCCAGAAACCCAAGAAGACCCGCGCAAAACACGCCUGUCGUGAAUGCAACAGCCGUCGUGUGCGGUGCGAUGUGACCGAAGUCCAACCCUGCACGAAUUGUGCUGCGGCCGGGGCCAAAUGCGAGGUUCUUCCAUCUCGCCGCGGACGAUAUCCGCGCCGGUCUCGCCGAUUGGAACCCGCGCCGCCUCCCGACACCAGUGUGUCAUUGAGCCCAACGCGCACCGUCGACACCAAUGUGCGGCCGUCCUCCAGUCUUGCCGGCGACUCUCAUCUGCCCGACUUGGAACCGCGGUCAAGCCCAGUCGUUGCAAGCGAGGACGCGGGCGCCGGCCCCAGCAAUGCGACGGCCUCGGCGGCAUCCGCAGCCGGCACGCUCUUCUUUGGCGAGUCCAAUUUCCUGACGCUCGUGCCUGGCAACGAGGCGGCCGCCUUGGAGGGCGCCGGCAGUGCCUCGAAUCAAAAACCGCGACUCACAUUCCCGAUCCCCGGAAGCCCCGGCUCGCAAUCGCAGGUGGAAGGCGCCGGGAUAAGCGCCGGCACCAUGCGAUACCUGCGGGACGAGGGCGCCCUCACGCUCCCGGAUCUUCAGACUUGCCUCCCGGCUCUCCAGGCCUACUUCACAUGGUUCCACCCAAGCUUCCCAAUCCUGGACCGGGCAGAGGUGACCAGGCGGCUGGCUGCCAUGGAUAUCUCGCGCUUUCUGCUCCAGGCCAUGCUGUUUAUAGGCGCCACGUACUGCGACGACGACACCAUCGUAGCCAUGGGGUUCAAGGAUCGAUCCGAGGCCAAGCGCAUCCUCUACACGAGGGCGAGACUCCUCUUCCAUGCCGAUUGGGAAAAGGACGAGAUUAUUCUGAUACAGUCUCUAUUCCUCAUGAGCUUCUGGCGUGGCGGCCCGGCAGAUGUCCGUGAUGUCAGAUACUGGCUCGGCGUCGUCAUCACCCUAUCCGAGUCGUACGGACUGCAUAGAUCACCGCGAUCAAUUUCGAAAAGCACACACAUGAAUCGGAUGCGACGGAGAAUAUGGUGGUCCAUUUAUGUGCGUGAGCGCCAGGUUGCGGCAGCACUGGGGUUGCCCAGCCGUAUAAGAGAUGAAGACUGCGACAUUGAGCCUCUCAGCGCCACUGAUCUCGAGUCUGAGGCCUUGUGUGCCAACAAUCCGCUGUUCGGGUCGUGCCAACCAGAGCACAUUACGUAUACCAUCAAAAUGGUUGAGAUUGCCAGGCUCCUCGGUCGUGUCAUUGAUCUACACUUUGCUCCUGGCAAACGAGCUUCGACGGCCGGCGACGUCAAAGGCCUUGACAACGCCCUGGAGGCAUGGAAAGACAGUCUGCCAGAAAACAUGAAGUAUGCGACAGAAGAAGGUAGCGAGUCGGUAUGGACAUGUCUACUGCACCUAGCAUACAAUUUCCUACGAUACGGAGAAGGGGACAAGAAUAACCAGGUCGUCACCGCUGCUGCCUGCAGGAUAAGUAGAAUCGCCGAGGACAUGUCCACGCAUGGCACACUGCGAUACGGACAGAUGCACUUAAUCACUAGUCUCUUUGCAGCUCUCUGCAUCCACGUCAUCAGUAUUCGGCGGGGAAUGGGCGUUUCAAGACGAAUCGCAGAGCAUAGAGCACAGAUGUGCCUGCUUUGUCUCAAGGAGAUACAAAAAUACUGGAGGAUCAACAACAAUGUCCUUGACUUGUUCCUGCAAUACCUGGAUCGAUCUAUUGCCGAGAGACUGCACGCUGCGCAGACGGACGGCUCUAGUAAUGACGCCACGACGGGGUCAAAACGGCCGGACCCUUUUAUUGGGAGCAAUGGCGAUGCAUCGGCUGCGCCGUCUCGAGGGGACCCGGUGCUGUCGCCUAGUGCGGAGCAACUGCGCAGCCAGGACGACUUGUUCCAAGACCAGUACUUCAAUUUGGUUAAUGGUCAUUGGGAAGGGGACGAUGCCUUGGGAGACUUGGGGUUGUUUUUGCAAGCCGACGACUUUUCUCCCGUCAAGGGCCUGAACUUUCUUGGUCGGUCUCUGUAG